GUGCUCAUGUCGAGUAACGUUAGUUGUUCUGCCAUGAACGAGGCCUGUUGUAAGCUGCAGGUUAUUGACACAGAUAACAAGGUGUGAGGAGAAGUAAUAGCGAUCGAGGUUCCUCGUUUUUAAGGGUAACUCGUCGACAGUAAUUAGUUGAAUAUAUCAAUUGCCUGGCAUUUUAACGAUAGUAAUUUUCUUCUAUGCUGACUCGUUAGCAAGCUAGUGUUUAACACGCCGCCUGGAGCAGCCAGUGUGGGCAGCAAAACAGGCUUAGCGGGCACUCGGUUGUUAUUUUUUGGGAGGCUGUGUGAUCAUUGGCAGAGUUCAAUACACCAGCUUGCAGAAUAAUAGCUAGUUUCACCGCGGAGGACUUUGCAUUUCAGCCUGGAUGAGCAUCGGCUCCCAGUACACAACAUUUUGCCAACAAGCUUAAGGAAUCGAGGUGCUGAAGAGUGACUGCUGUCCCCCCUUCGUCUGACAUCCUCAUUUCUCGCCGACACUGUUCCCCUCCCCCGACCUCCCUGUCCGCCCCACCCUGAACCCCAACAUACGCCCACCCGCAGCAUGAACGAGGUCACCGUGGUCCGAGAGGGAUGGCUCCACAAGCGAGGUGAGUAUAUUAAGACCUGGAGGCCCCGCUAUUUUAUCCUGAAGAGUGAUGGCUCCUUCAUUGGCUACAAGGAGAAGCCAGAGAUCUCCGAGCCCAACCUUCCACCCCUCAACAACUUCUCAGUGGCGGAAUGCCAACUGAUGAAGACAGAGAGGCCCAGGCCAAACACGUUUGUCAUCCGCUGCCUGCAGUGGACCACGGUCAUCGAGCGCACUUUUCACGUAGACAGUAACGCAGAGAGGGAGGAAUGGAUACGAGCGAUUCAGGCUGUAGCCAAUGGGCUUAAGACACAAGAGGAAGAACCAAUGGACAUCAACUUCGGUUCCCCCGGUGACAACAGCCUGGAGGGCAUGGAGGCUGCCAUUGCCCGGUCCCGCACUAGAGUGAACAUGAGUGACUUCGACUACCUAAAGCUUCUGGGAAAGGGCACAUUUGGCAAGGUGAUCCUUGUAAAGGAGAAGGCCACGGGCAUGUACUACGCCAUGAAAAUCCUGCGCAAGGAAGUCAUCAUCGCUAAGGAUGAGGUGGCACACACGGUUACUGAAAGCAGAGUCCUACAGAACACAAGGCAUCCCUUCCUCACGACACUAAAGUAUGCCUUCCAAACUCAUGACCGCCUGUGUUUUGUGAUGGAAUAUGCAAAUGGCGGAGAGCUGUUCUUUCACUUGUCCCGGGAAAGAGUAUUCACGGAGGACAGAGCCCGGUUCUAUGGUGCUGAGAUAGUAUCUGCACUGGAAUACUUGCAUUCGUGCGACGUCGUCUACAGGGACCUUAAGCUGGAGAAUCUCAUGCUGGAUAAAGAUGGACACAUCAAAAUAACGGACUUUGGCUUAUGCAAAGAGGGCAUUACCAAUGAGGCUACAAUGAAGACCUUUUGUGGAACUCCAGAAUACCUUGCUCCUGAGGUGCUGGAGGACAAUGACUACGGUCGUGCAGUGGACUGGUGGGGUCUGGGUGUGGUCAUGUACGAGAUGAUGUGUGGCCGACUGCCCUUCUACAACCAGGACCACGAGCGUCUGUUCGAGCUCAUCCUGAUGGAGGAGAUCCGCUUCCCUAGGAACCUCUCGCCCGAGGCCAAGGCUCUGCUGGCCGGCCUGCUCAAGAAGGACCCCAAGCAGAGGCUUGGAGGAAGUCCAGAAGACGCCAAAGAGGUCAUGACCCACAAGUUCUUUGUCACCAUCAACUGGUCAGAUGUUCUUGAGAAGAAGCUCGUUCCACCAUUCAAGCCACAGGUGACCUCUGAGACAGAUACACGCUACUUUGAUGACGAGUUCACAGCACAGACCAUCACAGUCACGCCUCCAGACCAGUAUGACAGCUUGGACACUGAGGACCCGGACACACGCACGCACUUCCCACAGUUCUCCUACUCCGCCAGCAUAAGGGAGUGAGCCGCCCUCCCCCCUCCUCCCCCUCCCUCUCUCGCCCCCAACCAGCAGAAAGGAUGCAACAGCGACACGUAUACUAACUCUUGGACACACGAACGCCCACACACACAUACACACACACACACACAUACAUAUACAUACCGACAAACAAAUGUACUUAAAUCAAACAUCCAUGCACCAGCAGAUACUGUAAAAGAAGCAGGUCUCUUUGCGGAUUUGAUAUCGUAGCAGUGACGGACUUAAGCCGACAAGGAAGGGUGGGGGGAAGAAGGGUUGGCUGUGUUCAGUUCAGAGUGUGCCUCUGAACAGGCCCCUUGCCUUACCCGACACUACACACCGUGCACCGUGACGGCCAUACCAACGCUUCACCACCUGUCAGGUAAAGAGGAGAAAACCAAACUUGAGCACCAGCGAGUUGCAUGACGCACACUGGAACACGCGCUGAAGCACAUCCUCACACGUAUAAAUACACACACACACACACACACACACACACACACACACACACACAUAGUAACAUGUACACAAGAGAGUCCUCCCCUGGACCACCUGCACUUUCCCUGGCCAAUCGAGUGAAGAUUAGAUGAUGUGCAUACUUGUCUGGGAUGGGAGGACACGAGCAAAAUACUUAAAAAGAAAGAAAAACAUUUCCCCCCUGAUUGUUACAGUUUUCUUUUCUUUUUUUUAAAAGAAAGCCAUAUUUCUGCAAUUUUUACAAGUGCUCUUUCUGGAUUUAGCUGUUACCAAUAGUGUUGAACUGUUCCUGCAGAGGGUAAAACAGAAAAAGAGAGAGAGAAGGCGAGAAUUUGGGGAGGGACGUGUUGGAAGAAUAUUGGUGAGGGUAGUCACAGCUCUAUAUGAUCGUGUAUGUGUGUCCGGAUGUGCGCGUGUAUGUCUGUGUCUGUCUGUCUGUGUGUGUGUUGUGUGUGUGUGUGUGUGUCUAUGUACUUCUGUAUGUUCUUCAUUUGAAAAAAAAAUGUGUGAAAGCAUGUUGUGCUCUAUCUUAAGGAGUGCAAGAGAGAAUGUGAUUUGAUCAGUGAGAGUAUGUCAGAGUGUGUGUGAGAGCGCAUGUGUGUGUGACAGAGAAUGAGUGUGAAACAUUCGUCACAGAUCCACAUCUUAAAGUGUGUCUUCAUCUUUUGAUUUUGUAUAUGGGCAUAACAGUACAAGAUGGAUUCAGGGGGUGGGGAUGGGGGACAGGACACCCCAAGAUGUGACGUUAGCGCUUUAAAGGGAAAAAGGAGAGAGCUGGAGCUCUUCGGAAAGGGGAUGAGAGAACCCUCAAGAGCUGAAGCCGGGGUCCCCAUGUAUAGGGGUGGGUGGGUGGGUGGGGUCACAAAGACCCAUGUCCAGAACCAUGUCCACUUGCAAGUGUUAGAUAGCAUUUGUCCCUUUAGCUACUGGCCCAUGGAAAUGAAUGAGUAUUAAAUAUGAGUUGAUUUGUUUAAUCAUCUGUAUAAUUUUGGAGGCAUUGCUGUAAAGAGAUUUGAAGAAGAAAAAAAUGAAAAUCCAAGGAAAGAAAAAUAUAAGAAUCCAAGGAAAGAAUAUGAGAAUCUCAAUUACCCAACUGACCCUAUUUAAAUGACGAAUGCUCGCCUGAAUAAAUUGCCUGUACUUGUGUAAUGUGGCCAAGUUUGACUGAUGUCGAGGAAUAGAUGGAAAUAGGCACUUAAAAUUCAGAGACACCAUCAUUAAAUAUGCCUUUUGUUUUUGUCUUUUUUUUUUUCUUUUUUUUUUUUUUUUGGUCUUGUAGUUAG